UCGAGCAGUGCUAUAUCCUACCAUCCCACGUCAAAUCUCCCCUGUAUCAUCCUAGUAUCACUUUGAUCACCCUCUCUUUUGGUUUUCUUUCUAUCUUUAUUCAAUCAAAUUAUUUUUGGAGGGUUACUUUUCUUGAUAAAAUGAUUGGCUUUAGCGAUACAUUUGGUUCAAGGGCUACUAUCAUUUUCCUGUUCAUUUGUUUAGCUCUUGUUCAGAAUCCAGCUUUUGGUGCUAAAACAAGGCAUUUCAAAUGGGCUGUGGAGUCUAUAUACUGGUCACCGGAUUGUGUCGAAAAUGUGGUUAUUGGAAUCAAUGGCCAGUUUCCCGGUCCGACGAUCCGGGCUCUUGCGGGAGAUACCAUCUCUGUUGAGCUCACAAAUAAGCUUAAUACUGAAGGAGUUGUUAUUCACUGGCAUGGUAUAAGACAGUUUGGAACACCAUGGGCGGAUGGAGCUGCAUCAAUAUCCCAGUGUGCAAUUAACCCUGGAGAAACAUUUGUUUACCGGUUCAAAGUUGACAAGGCUGGAACAUAUUUCUACCAUGGACAUUAUGGUAUGCAGCGAUCUGGAGGGCUAUAUGGUUCUUUGAUAGUGGAUUUACCAGAAGGUGAAAAGGAACCAUUCCACUAUGAUGGGGAGUUUAAUCUUUUACUCAGUGAUUGGUGGCACAAAAGCUCUCAGUUACAAGAGGUUGACCUAUCUUCCAAGCCAUUUCGUUGGAUUGGUGAGCCCCAGACACUUCUGAUCAAUGGGAGAGGGCAGUACAAUUGUUCCCUAGCAGCUCAAUUCAUCAAUUCAUCAUCAAGCAUAUGUGAGUUCAGAGGCAAUGAACCAUGUGCACCACAGAUUCUCCAUGUGCAUCCAAACAAGACUUACAGGCUAAGGGUAACCAGCACUACAGCACUAGCUUCACUCAACUUGGCAAUUGGGAAUCACAAGCUAGUGGUUGUUGAAGCUGAUGGGAAUUACGUACAGCCAUUUUCUGUGGAUAAUAUGGACAUUUACUCUGGUGAAAGCUAUUCAAUCUUAUUCACAACUGAUCAAGACCCCUCCAAAAAUUACUGGAUUUCAUCAAGUGUAAGAGGAAGAGAACCAAAAACCCCUCAAGCCCUAACAAUAUUGAACUACUUUCCUACUUCAGCAUCAAAACUUCCUACUUCACCACCACCUAUUGCUCCCCUUUGGAAUGAUUACAAUCAUAGCAAGGCAUUCUCUAACAAGAUCCAUGCUCGAAUGGGCUCUGCCAAACCUCCCAACACUUAUGAUCAUCGUAUUAUUCUCCUCAGCACUCAAAAUCGUAUUGAUGGAUACACUAAAUGGGCUAUCAACAACGUCUCAUUGGUCCUACCUGCCACUCCCUACUUGGGAUCCAUCAAAUAUGGCCUAAAGAAUGCAUUUGAUCAUAAAAAUCCGCCUGAAGAUUUCCCCUCCGACUACGAUGUGAUGAAACAAGCUCCAAACCCUAAUUCAACAUAUGGUAAUGGGGUUUACAUGUUGAGUUUCAACAGCACUGUUGAUGUUAUACUCCAAAAUGCAAAUGCAUUGGCGGCAAAUGUGAGUGAUAUCCAUCCAUGGCACUUGCAUGGCCAUGUUUUUUGGGUUUUGGGAUAUGGAGAAGGGAAAUUCACUAAGGAAGAUGAGGCAAAAUUUAACCUAAAGAAUCCACCACUGAGGAAUACUGCUGUGAUUUUUCCAUAUGGAUGGACUGCUCUAAGGUUUGUGGCUGAUAAUCCAGGAGUGUGGGCUUUCCAUUGUCACAUUGAACCUCAUUUGCAUAUGGGAAUGGGUGUUGUUUUUGCUGAAGGCGUUGAUCGUGCAAGGAAGGUACCUAAUGAAGCUCUAACAUGUGGCUUAACAGGGAAGAUGUUCCUGAACAAUAAGGGUCAUUGAGAUUAAAUCAAUUCCCUUUGCUUUAAUUCAGCAUUUGGAGUUUACCCACUAUUAGUGUAGUCCAUUAAGUCCUAGCUAGAAUGGUUUGGUAUUCAUGAUCCGCGUGUAAGAUUAGACGAUUGUGAUUAUUGUACUGAAAGGUGGUUUAACAAAUUCAUAGAUAUUCUCGUUAUUCAACUAGGGAAUUGAGAGAUAAUUUAGCUCAUUUAUCUGAAUUGUUUUUUUGUUUUAGGCAAGAAUAUAACUUUUUAUUAAUGAUAAAGAUGUAAUCUGUGUUUUUG